GUAAUCUCGCCUAUCCUACGGGAGAAGGACGCACUUAUAACCCUGACUUACCGUGCCUGCGCCACCGAUCUCGAAGUGCGCAUCCCUGUAUGUUGUGGCAAAGAGAGGUUAGUGGGCCCUCGACCUGCAACGGAGUACCUCAGUGAGAAUCCCAGUCACCUGGUCGCCUUCCCACCCAAGGACUUACGCCUUCUGCCUAGCCUGAAGCCAAAUUCUUGCCUCGAGCCGGCUGAGGUAUUUGUCUGCGGAGCCUGCGACAAAGUCUACGCAGCGCCUGUUCUUGAGGCCUUUCAAAAGCGUGUCUAUGAGAUCGAAGACAAGGCGGGAGUAGUCGAGAACAGUACAUGGGCUUUGACUGCUGGAAAGGUGGUUGCCUCCUUAGAAGUUCGCUUGGUCCGUCCUCUUUUAAUGGGAGCCUGA